AUGGUGAACCUUUUCAAGCGAAUGCGGAAGUUGAGAUCAAAAAUCCUCCAUGUCACUGUCGGCCCCGGCGCCGCAAUUCUCCCAUCCCCCCAAACAGCAACAAAAGAAUUCCCCGCCAUCACCCGCCUGCACCUAACCUACGCCCAAAAAAUCUACAACGGCCACCAAGGCGCGCGCCACUUCUGGCGCCAAUGCCUCCCGCGCCUGAAAUACCACAACCCGUCCAUCCCGAUGACAGUUAAGCAAACGCAAGACCAAGAUGGCCCCGCGGCACUGACGAUUUACUUCGCCGAGCAAGUGAGUAACGCUGCCACACUGAACGCUGCGAAGGAUGUGAAUGAUAAGUAUGCGCCUGCGGCGGGGGAGAGUGAGAAGACGGCUGUUGUGGAUUUGAAGGAUUUGGAUUGGAAAAGGAUUUGGGAUAAGGUGCGGAUCAUGACGGGGGCGAAAGAGGUGCAGGCUAGUCAAAAGGAGGAGGAGGAGGUUAAGAAAUUAGAGCAGAUGGCGGUGCAGUCCGUGAAGGAUCGGGAGCGGAAUGCGAAGAUUCGGCAGGCAAAGAAGGAUCAGGAGAGAAUGUUGCAGGAGGCUAGGGGCGAGGUUGAGAGGUUGAGGCAGACCUGA